AUGAUAAAAAUUGUACCGCUCGGAGCUGGUCAUGAUGUUGGUCGAAGUUGUAUUCUCGUAUCCAUAGGUGAUGAUAGUACUGGAAUAAAAAAUAUAAUGUUUGAUUGUGGAAUGCACAUGGGAUAUAACGACGAUAGAAGAUUCCCCGAUUUUUCAUAUAUUUCAAAAUCAAAACGUUUUACCGAACAGCUUGAUUCGUUACCAUUCUUUACUGAAAUGUGUGGAUACGAAGGUCCUAUUUAUAUGACCCAUCCUACAAAAGCAAUUUGUCCUAUUCUACUUGAAGAUUAUCGAAAGAUUACUGUAGAACGUAAGGGUGAAACAAAUUUUUUUACUUCUCAAAUGAUUAAAGAUUGUAUGAAGAAAGUUACAGCUGUAAAUCUUCAUCAGACAAUUAAAGUGAACGGUGAUAAUGACUUGGAAAUAAAAGCUUACUAUGCCGGUCACGUUCUUGGUGCUGCCAUGUUUUAUGUACGUGCUGGUACACAGUCAGUAAUAUAUACGGGAGAUUACAAUAUGACUCCUGAUCGGCACCUAGGUGCAGCGUGGAUAGAUAGAGUACAACCAGAUGUUUUGAUAACUGAGUCAACUUAUGCUACAACUAUUCGUGAUUCAAAGCGUGCCCGUGAACGAGAUUUCUUAAAAAAAGUUCAUGAUUGCGUUGCUCAAGGUGGUAAAGUUUUAAUCCCGGUUUUUGCACUUGGUCGAGCUCAAGAACUUUGCAUUUUAAUUGAAACAUAUUGGGAAAGAAAUAAUCUUGAUGUACCAGUUUAUUUUUCUGCUGGUAUGACGGAAAGAGCUAAUGAUUAUUAUAAACUUUUUAUUAAUUGGACUAAUGAAAAAAUUAAAAACACUUUUGUAAAUCGAAAUAUGUUUGAUUUCAAACAUAUUAAACCUUGGGAAAGACAAUUUAUGGAUUUACCUGGAGCAGCUGUAUUAUUUGCAACUCCCGGUAUGCUUCAUAUAGGAACAUCUUUAGAAGUAUUUAAAAAAUGGGCACCUCAUCCUAAAAAUAUGGUUAUAAUGCCAGGAUAUUGUGUUGCAGGUACUGUUGGUGCUAAAGUACUUAAUGGAGAUAAAGAAGUUCAAGUUGAUGCUUAUAAUAAAAUUCAAGUAAAAUUACAAGUAAAGAAUUUAUCUUUUAGUGCACAUGCUGAUGCGAAAGGAAUUAUGCAAUUAAUAAAACAAUGUGAUCCUAAAAAUGUAAUCUUAGUACAUGGAGAAAAAGCUAAAAUGGAAUUUUUACAAGAUAAGAUUAAACGUGAAUAUCGAGUUCCUUGUUAUGCUCCCGCUAAUGGUGAAACUAUUACAAUUGAAACUUCCCUCUCUAUCCCGAUUGACGUUUCAGUAGAUUUAUACAAACGAACUAUGUCUUCAUCGAAACUUAAACUUUUAUUAAAUAGUGAUAGAAUUGAUCUUACCAAGAUUGGACCCAUAGAUGAGAUACCUAUUCAAGGUAUUUUAACAAUGGAUCAGGGUCAGAUUCCUCGUUUGAUAGACGUUGAAGAAGCAAUUCGGGAUGCACAAUUACCUUUACUUGAAAUAGAUUUUAAUACUCUUAAGAAAUUUGAUCCUUCACAAUUAAUAAAUAUGAGUGAAUAUCGAAAUUUUCAAAAGGACAUAAGACUUGCAGCAAUAGAUUAUGUUUACAAAUCAAUAGAAAAUGUUAUAAAAAAGGAAAUACCAAAUAUAGAAUUAACCAAAAAUUUAUCUCAAUUCAAAUUAAAAAGUGUAUUGAUAAGUAUCCCUGAAGCCAGCGAAAAAGGUGAAAAUAAAAAAAAUGCAUUAAAAAUUUCUUGGAACUCUAAAGAUCAAAACUUGGCAGAUUAUUUAAUUUCAAUUAUAGACGAUGUUCUUCCCGAACCUACACCUUAUGUUAAUGAUUAUAUAGAAACUUAG